GCGGUCUCAACUAUUAGAAAACAUUCGUGAAACCCCAACAAAAUCCUUGAGUUAUUUCUUCAAGUGCCUUGCAGGACGAAAUCCAAUCUCCUGCAACCAGAGCAGGGCAAUCAUCCGACCUGCCACCUGGGCGACACACUUCAUUCGAUUGUCGAGAUUGUCGGAGGCUUAGAUUGAUGCCCGACGGCUUGCCGAAAACUCUGCGAAACAAUUUCAAAAUUUCAGUCUCUGAAGGGAAAUCAAAAUCAGAAUCCAGUGGAAAUGACUGUGCUAACGGGAGCAUCAUCCAUGGGAUUUCCCACUACGAUGCCGGCGAAGCGGAUCAGCUGGCGGCGAUUGGCGGCCCUGCUGCCGCAGUCCAUAGUGGUGCCAUUUAACUCGGAACGGGGAACGGAGAUCCCGAAUUUUAAAGAUCUAAUUCUCCUACAGCGACGUCUUCAGGAUGAUUUCCUGGCCUGUGAGGCUCUGUGGACGAUUUUCGUGGCCGCCGCCUGGAGUUAUCGUUACAGGACGAGACUGAGGCCUCUGCCCAGCCACUGGGGAACCAUAGACCUUCUAUGUAACACCCUUGGCGAAGCACCCAGAUUGGAGGCACUGCAGCAGCAGCUCAUGCACUGCGAUUACCAGGCCUGCUCCCCCAAUGUGGUUUGUUUGCUGACGGACGUAUUGGUGGAUCAGGCCGAUCGCGUGUCCUUGAGCUCCCUGCGACCCUGUGAGUUUGGUGAGCUGUACGCCCACCUGGGUAUGCCACCUCCCAGCAGACCACCCACCCAGAUCUUUGAGGUGCGAAUGGGCGGGGGAAACCAGAGGGGGGAGUCCUACGCCCAGUUGAGGCGGGAUAAUAGGGAGUCAGUUCGCCUGGGCUUCUAUGGCUGCAAGUUGGAGAAGCUGUACGCCCUGCUAAAUGCUAAUUCCCUGAAUGAUGGAAGGUUUCUAGAACUAACCAGCGAUGUGAAUGAAGCUCUAUCCAAGAGUAAGCCGCAGGCUGGAGUGGGUGGCUCCCGAUGCGGAUCCAUCCUACGCUGCGUGGCCGUGGUGGAGUUCGUCUUCCAGGACAAUGAAACCAGCCCCGAUAAAAGGCAUGUGAUCAUCAGGGAUGCCGAAACCAUGCAGGUAUCCUAUAUCCUCCUAUAUGGCCAAAGUUGCCACGAACAUGCGGCUGAGAAGCAAAUGCAGCUGUUGAGGGAACCUGCCAGGAAACUGCUCAAUUGGCUGGAGGACCACCAGGAUGAAGCCAUUUCCUUGGGCGUCAGUCUGCUGAUCGUUUCCUCGAUGGCCCAUUUUGGCUGCAAUUUCUUUCGCCUCUUUGCCCGAACCGGCUUUCACGUCUUCAAGCGGGGAUUGCUGUGAAAAUUGAUAAUCGUAAACUUUUAUCCCACCAACUUCCAUAUCCAGUGACCUUGAACUGCUGCAGGGUUUUGUUGCCGACUUCAGUUGGAUUUCCCACUGAAGUUGGCCACAAAAACCGGUGGCAGGGCAUCAAGUUAUGUGCGAAAUGAAAUCGA